AUGGAGACUCGAAACCAAGCCAACCAACCCCCUCAACCUUCGAAAGAAGCGGCUUAUGCCCAAGCUUCCAACCCCGUCCCACAGACACCCUCUGAGCAACGUGCGCCCGCCCAGUCUCGUCAAUACGGCGAUCCCACCGCUUCUAUCACCCGCGGACCUAGCUCCCAGCCCUCCAGCGAUGAAGCCCGCAACCGCCUAGAAGCUGAGCGCCAAAAACACCGCGACGAAAUGGAACGAUCUCAGGAAGUCGACACUGAAUACGGCAUUGAGCAACAACCAGCGGAAGGGUACAUCGCAGACACGGUUGCACGCAAGGGGAUGGGAAUGCAGCGUGCACAGGCAGGUGCUCAUGCGGGGCCCGUCGGCAAUGCACGAGGACCGGGUCAUCCUGGGUUCGGCGAGGAGAGGGAUUUGGCUGCAAAUAUGGAUGAGAAGAGGGCUGAUCAUGAUCGUGUCUUGGCUGAGAGAGUUGAGAGUAGCCCGGGGAGUGAUGUUGCUGAGAGAGAAGGUGUGAGGGAUCGUAAGAUGCAGCAGAAUGAGGAAGUCGAGAGGGCGCUCAAGGAGAGUUCUGGAACCCCUGUUGUCUAG